AUGAAAGACACAGGUAUAUCAGAAUUGAUAUUGGUUCUGGCUGAACAUUUUUUCUCCAAGUUGAUUGUUUCACCAAACUAUUUAUAUGACAUAAGUACUGUAUAUGGUACAAGAAAAGGGUGUCCAUGUGAUAAUCAUGAAGAUGUGAUUGGCAAACCUGGUGACACUAGCUUUGGCUGGGAACAGGGCUGGCAUGGCAGCUCUGACAUACUGAUUGCAGAUCUGCCAGUCAUCAAAGUGAAUGUAGUUGAAGAUGGGACAGUCCUAAAUCAUGCAUCAUCUUCCAGUUCAUUUAAAUCUUCUUCAUCAUUUGAUACAGAUACUGAAUCUUUAAUUCAUGGUAUUAAGGAGAAAAAUAAGGGGUGCAUUUCAAAGACAGAACUUCGUAGAGUAUUUGCUGAGACAAUAACCUUUUCCUUUCUAAAGAAUAAGGAAAAGAAAGGAGUCACUCUCAUUCCCACAGUGGCAGUUGAUAAAAAUUAUGUUUCAGUAAAUAUGUAUGAUUCAGAAUUGGAUGUAUUUCUCCAAGGAGGUCCCAUUCCAUUGUUUUCUGAGAACACUAAACUUCUAAAUACAUCGGCAGUUAUUGCAAUUUGGAUGGCACUGAACUACAAAGCUGGUUUACAUGGGCAGAUUGACGUUGAUAAAUACAAAGCAGAGGUGAAAGCUCCAUGUACAAAAACUAUUGAAGAACCAGAUGAUUGGUUGAUGGAGCGUGACUGGUUGUUAUGAAUAAUUUAAAAAAUGGCAGAUGAUUGGUUGAUGGAUCGCGACUGGUUGUUAUGAAUAAUUUAAACAUGGCAGAUGAUUGGUUGAUGGGGCGUGACUGGUUGUUAUGAAUAAUUUAAAAAUGGCAGAUGAUUGGUUGAUGGACCGCAACUGGUUGUUAUGAAUAAUUUAAACAUGGCAGAUGAUUGGUUAAUGGACCGUGACUGGUUGUUAUGAGUAAUUUAUACUUGGGCCCCAUUUUUGUUGGGGUAUCUAUUUAAAGAGCUUUCAAGAUUACACAGAUGCUUGGAUGUUUGCAAUUGAGACAAAACAUAAUAUUUGUUAGUCCAAAGAUCAUGAUUUGCAUCUACAUGUAUACUAAUUAAAAUUUCUAACAAUUUUUCAAUUAUUUGUUAACCUUUGUGAAAACUCAUUUUAAGAAGAAUGUAGAUGAAAAUAAAGUUUUUAAUAUUUGUUGUCUUUGGUAAACAUGUUAAGACAAUUGAAUUUUGAUUCAAGAUCAAAUAUAUUUUUUAGCUCACCUUAGCACAAAGUGCUAGGAGGUGAGCUUUUGUGAUGACAGUGUGUUCGUUGUUGUAUACAAUUGCUUUAAACAACAUCUCCUCCCAAAUCACUUGAUGGAUAUUAACCAAACUUC